AAGGUAUGUUUUAUUUUAUUACAGUUUAGGAAACAUUUCAUAUUUAAAUUGAAGAUUGUUUGAUGCUGAGGAAGCAUUUCUGUUUCCCUGAGGAGUGUUUAUUUUUGAUGUCAAAGCAUUUGGUUCAGUGUUACAAAUUCUGCCCAGAAAUCACUUUAGUUUCUCUUCAUGAGUUCAAACAUGGACAUUUUCUCAUUAAAACACUUUGACAAACUAAAAGCCAUUAAACCUGCCUGAACUUUACCGAAUACAGCCAAGAAAACUCCUUCCCCUCAUUUCAUCAUACAUAUAUCUAGUGAAAGGUCCCUGAAAGAAAUCUGGACUGUUGACAGUGUGAAUAAAGUUUUAUUUAAAUGAUUUCUGUCUUGAAACACAAACUAAAAACGAACCGAAAAAGUAGUUUACCGUCACCAAAUGUUUGAACAAAUGUUUAAAAUCUCCCUAAAAAACCUUUCCCCCUUAGAGCAUUUAUCACGAAGAUGACUACACUUCCCAUGGUGCACUGCGAACCCGGAAGUAGCAGUCAGCUGACUUGUGCCGAUAGUUUGGUGUAGUUUGAAGCCUCAUUUUAAGCAAUCCAAGCUUUUUAUCUUUUGUUUUGUUUUAAUCCGGAGCAAACAGCGAUGUUGCGGCCAAAAGCGUUGACUCAAGUCCUCAGUCAGGCGAACACGAACGGAGUCCAGAGCACGCUCCUGCUGAAUAACGAGGGUUCCCUUCUGGCCUAUUCGGGCUACGGAGACACCGACGCCCGAGUGACGGCCGCCAUCGCCAGCAACAUCUGGGCCGCCUACGACAAGAACGGACACCAGGCCUUCAAUGAGGACAAGCUGCGCUUCAUCCUCAUGGACUGCAUGGAGGGUCGGGUCGCGAUCACCCGGGUCGCCAACCUGCUGCUCUGCAUGUACGCCAAAGAGACGGUGGGCUUCGGGAUGCUCAAAGCCAAGGCCGAGGCUCUGGUCCAGUACCUGGAGGAGCCGUUAACUCAGGUGGCGGCGUCGUAGCGGAGGAGACGCAGACGUCCCGCCGUCUCCGGACCGCCCAGAGCGGGUGACGGACGAGCCUGCGGGGCGUGGAGACGACUCCGCCCUCCUCCACCCUCCUCUGCCCCCCCUCCUCCACCUUCCUCCGCCCUCCUCCACCCUCCUCUGCCCCCCCUCCUCCACCUUCCUCCGCCCUCCUCCACCCUCCUCUGCCCCCCCUCCUCCACCUUCCUCCGCCCUCCUCCACCCUCCUCUGCCCUCCACCACCCUCCUCUGCCCCCCCUCCUCCACCCUCCUCUGCCCCCCCUCCUCCACCCUCCAGCUCCCCUUCACAGAAUGUUUUCAUGAGUUUCAUAUUAUUUAACUGUUUGAUUUUUGUUUAUUUCUUGAAUAAAAAUGUUUGCAGUAAAGCUCCGUCUCUCU